GCUUUCAGGAGUUCAGUCUAGCGGUGCUUUGUACAGCGCACUAACUCCACAGCUCUGCAGCCAAACACACACACACAACAUGUCUCUGGAACGUCAAGUCCGCGCCAAGUUGGCCUCCAAGCGUAGCCCCGAGCAGGAGAAGGAGGCCCAGGAAUGGAUUGAGGCCAUCCUUGGCGCCAAGUUCCCCCCUGGUGAGGCCUUCGAGGAUGUCAUCAAGGACGGAACCGUCCUUUGCCAGCUCAUCAACAAGAUCAAACCUGGCUCCGUCAACAAGAUCAACACCUCCGGUGGACAGUUCAAGAUGAUGGAGAACAUCACCAACUUCCAGGCUGCCAUUAAGAACUACGGUGUCCCCGACAUCGACGUGUUCCAGACCGUCGACCUGUGGGAAAAGAAGGACAUCGCCCAGGUCACCAACACACUGUUCGCCCUCGGCCGUGAGACCUACAGGCACGCCGAAUGGAGCGGCCCCUACCUCGGACCCAAGCCCGCUGAGGAAUGCAAGCGUGACUUCUCUGAGGAGGUCCUGAACGCCGGCAAGACUGUGAUCGGUCUCCAGGCUGGCUCCAACAAGGGCGCCACCCAGGCCGGACAGAACAUGGGCGCUGGUCGCAAGAUCCUGCUCGGCAAGUGAGCAACAGCCAUCCAGUGAUAUUAUUAUAUAAGAUAUUUGUACAAAACUGAGAUGUAUGGACGCUAAUCUGAGACUGUGAGCCUUAUGAAUAUCUAGUCAAGCGUGAGAUGGAAUUUUACUUGCUGUAAUGUAACACGUUAGUAACCUGCAAUGUUUAAUGCAUACCUUCAGCUGAUGUUACACUCCAUGUAGCGCCAAAAGGAUUUUGUACAUAAGUGCCUAGAUAUAAGUUAUUUAUUUCCAUUUUAUUAUAUCCUUUUAUAAUAAAAUUCAGAACUCUACAA